CUGUUAUGGCAGGAGCUGCACAUAGGCAUUCACCAAACAGCCGCGGCAUGCCUCUCUCCCUGACAGCACCCCAUGCCCUCUGAGGAGACAGACAGACGGAGCUGAGAGCAGCCUGUAGUGUCUGACGCCCUCACAUCAUCAAAACAGAGUGGAAAGAACUGCUGCCACCAGGUACCAAAAGUCCAACCAGAUAAAGUGGCAGCAAAUAGUUUGAAAUACUGACAACAAAAAAGUGAUGGAAGGACAAAACGGAAGUAUCUUGCACCGUAAAACCACUGAAAAUGGAACUAGAGGGAAGCCCCCAUACUCAGUGGAAACCCCUUAUGGCUUUCAACUUGACCUGGACUUCCUCAAAUACGUGGAUGACAUAGAGAAAGGCAACACAAUCAAAAGAGUACCAAUCCAGCGUCGAAGCAAAGGCCCCCGAGCCAGCACUCUUCCCAGGCACCUCAACCCUUCUGGGUGCGGGUACCGCCCAAGCCCCUGGGGAUCUACUGGAGCUCUUGGCCCAAGGACAAGACUGUCUGACGCCCAUCACUAUGGCUACAAUUCCUUGGCAAAUGAUCAGAGAUCCCAACUUUCUCCCACAGGUCUCCGAUCUCUGGCAGAGAUGGAGGCCAGAAUCAAGGAGUUUGAUGAGCAACCUCUGGGUGAGCACAUCAGACCUCAUCUCCUCCGGGCCUCCAGUAUGCCACUUACAGUAUUACUGAGGCAGGGAUCAGAGUCCACAGACGAGCCCGGAAGCCUCCGGAGUUCGAGGGACCACCUUGGGGAGAGAAACCCCUCCUGUGAAGACGUGUUCUACUCCUCGGACAGCCCUCGACCCCAGGAUUGCUCAGGGCUGUUGAGACGCCUGACCGAGGCUCUCGAACGUGUGGGGGAGCUGGAGAUGGAGGUGAGGGUGGUUCCAGAGCUCAGGGCACAUAUCUGCAUCCUUCAGGAGGAAAGAGAAAGGCUCCGACUGGGAUUAAAACCACAGAUUCAAACCCCACCAAUGAAUGGAACCACAGACCGUAACACCUCCUCCAAUUACGGCAUUAUGGAUAUCAAAAGGCCUCGGCAUGAAAGUCACGUCAUGUUUCCUAGAAAUCACCAGAUCAGUCGAGAAGACUCUAAUCCCAUGCACGAGUGGAGGACUAGUACAGAUCUGGAUGAGCUGCUGACGGUGACGUCCCUGCAGGCUAAGGUAGCUAUGCUGGAGCAGAAGCUCCAUGAGACUGGCCUAGAGCUACAUAGAGCUUUAGGUUUGCUAAAGGAGCAGCAAGAGGAGAGCAGGAGGAAAGAUGAGAAGAUGGAGAACCUUAUCAGGAACCCUGCAGUGUGGGUUCAUGCAGAGAGGGUGCUGGUAGAACAGGAUGGAGAUGAGACUGUUGUGAGAUCCCUUGAACCAUAUAUCAAAGUGUCAAGUCCAAAUGCAAGAACUGUUUCUGCAAAUGGACAAAAAAGUCAACAACAAGACCUGGCAGUGUCUGUUAAACCUGAAGACUCUUCAGAGGAAACAGCAGUGGUGGCCCAUCAUAUAAAACAGAUCAAGAGGCUGCUGCAUAAGCAGUGGGAGUGUUUGUGUGCAGAACAUGUGUCAGGAAGGGAAGGUAAACCUCUACAGCACCCUGACCCCAAAGUCAACGCCCUGCAGCAGGAGAUGAUGGGACUUGUGGACAUCCUUACAUCCUACUACACCCAACAUGGAUGCAGUGGUGAAGAGAGUAUCCAACAUGGAGCCUCUAAUUCCCCCAUGCGGACAGACGGAUGCGCCCUGAUGUCAAAAACCCUCCAUUCUGUGGGUGUUAAUGAUGGUCCCCAAAAUGGAAAUCUGGUUGGGCAAGACUGUGUGAACAAAAGCACGCAAAAUCAAAGUAGCAUCCGCCCUACGGAGAUGGCUGUUCCCCAGGAAGAAGCCGACCCAGAGUUGAGACUGUCUGAGGGACUGAGGUACACGAGCCCAGACGGACAGAUGAUACCGGGAGGAGCAGGAUCAGAGCGGACAGAUGGAGGCGAAGCGUCUGUGGAAGCUGAGAAAACAGCCAAAACGAAACCCCCAGGAGAGCAGAUGGAGGGGAAGUCUGGCUCACAAACCAGCACCGGGGGCAGGGAGACGGUGAAUGCAGAUUUUCUGGCUGCCUGUCAGUUCCUCAAAGAUCACAUGGACAACAUGGACAACCCCAAUGAAGACAUGGUAAUUCCCUCUGCAUCCUCCUCUGGGCAAAAACGAUGA